AAUUCGGCGCAAAUCGUUUGUUAAGAUUGUUCGCUCUGUCCGUCUUUGUGGUCACUUAUCAUGAAGUCUUCAACGAUUUUUGGCCAUGUCAUUAUAAUAGCCACGAUUCUUUUGAGUUUCUCGUCAUUCGAUGUGUUGGGUGAAACUGCGAAUGAUGAACUCAAUACGCUCGGUUUCCAACAAAAACCGUACGAUUCUCUUUAUAAUGAAGAAACGCAGUUUGCCCCUACACAGACGUCCAAAUUAACUCGUUAUGCAAGGCACAUACCAUUUAUUGCUGGGGCUGCUGUCGGUGCCAUAGUAGCCAAUAACCGUCACCCAACACAUCAUCACGGACCAAGCUACUAUUAUCCGCCGAGUUAUUAUCCCUCUGGUCACCAUCACACCCAUGGAUAACUCUGGAAAUGAAAAGAAAGCAAGUGCAGUGGUAAUAUACCUAGUGUUAUGAUGUAAUUACACCACAAUCUUACUAGAUUUCAUGAAAUACACAAACCAAGCAUUUAUUUGGCCUUUAAA